AUGGGUACAAAUGUUUUCAACACGGUAAAGCUUGUCAGGGAAGCAUACGCUUUGAAUAAAGCGGCAAACGCGCUCAAAACGGUCAAAGAGGCAAAGAUGAUGCGGGCUGCGAUCGUCCCAGUCAGCGCCACGCGUGCGGAAGUGAAGGGUUUCAAUACUGAUGUCGCGGCGAUGCGGGGCGCCUCAACGGCAAGAAACUUCAACCGUGGUUCCACCAAUCCAAUCUUGAUGCGUAGGAACCGCAACUACCACAACUCGGCACACGGUCAAAAGUGA